UGAGAUCUUCAACGAAUAAAGGCGAUUUUCUUUGGAGUGUAUGAGGCUGAUGAUGCUUGGCUGGGUACUGUGUGCCUUUUCUGGAUUCUUGUGUGAAUCUCAAGAUGAAGAUGAAGUAUGAUGACAUGUUGGAGAGGUGGGUUGCUCGCUCGCUUGCUCUGUCCGUCUUAUGGCUGGUUGGUUGCUGGUUGGUUUGAGGAAAGAUCUUUAUGGGCUCCCUUGCUGAGGGGUUGACUGUGUGUCCGUCCGUCCGUCUGUCAUCCAUCUAUGCAUGGCACUUUGUCACAAUUUUCCAUUGGAUAAGGUGAUGGCGAAGCUAUCAUCAUAACCAUCCGUUAGCGACGAUGUUGUCGACGAUGAUAAUUUGAGAAUAAAUUUCAAUUUAGUUGCAAAUUUACAUCCAAAGUGUUAACAUCAACGUGUCAUAAAAAUUCUAUAACAUAAACGAAACAAACAAAAAAAAAAAAACAGAAACAGAAACAACAAAACAGUAACGAAAGCGAAAAUUCAAAACAACAACAAAUGAAUAAACCCCUGAAAUAAAUAAUAAAAUAAAACGAAAACAAUAAAAUCUCUACAAAACAUCUUUCAAAAUCAAAUCAGUUGGAGAGAGGAUUUAAAAAAAAAAUAAAUUUGUUUUUAAGUUCACUGACUUGUUGAUACAAAAUAAAUUAAUAGAAGAUUCCAUUUGGUGAAUUUAACAGCAAACUCAUAUACAUUACACCAAACAUACCCUUCAACAUUUAGAAAUUAACAAAGAAAAAUAAUUCAAAAUUAAGAAAAACCAAAACUGAACCUUGCUGCAAUAGAUCGAAAUGCUUAACCACCAUUGAAGGUAUAAAAUUUAAAGUGUUUUUUACAAAAAAUAGUUAUUUUUAACACAACAAAUUAGCCAAUGCCAAGUAGUUUAUCAAUUUAAUGAAUUAAAUAGCAAACCACAAAACCAACAAUUGUGAAAAUCAAUAACAACAAUACAACAAAUAGAAAAAGAAAUUCUAAAAUUAAAAAAAAAAAAAAUAUAUAAGCUGAAAUCUCAAAGUGUUCAAACUGAUCGAAAUUCUAGAAAUACAACAACAUUUGAUUCUCAAAAACAACUGCGAGCCAAGGAAGUUUCAAUGGAAUUACACAUUUAAGCUCACAUGAUGUUACAUUAGGUGCAAACAGUUACAAGAAUCAAAUUCUAAUCAAAUUCUAAGAAUUUGCAAAAAUAAAACAAGAAAGUGAAAAAGUUUGCUCAAACUAGAGAAACAGAGGGCAAAGGUGAUAAGUUUAGAUAGACCAUCAUCACCACUACCACUAUCACUACUACUACUACUACUCAGCAACAAAGCUAAUGAAAAACUUUUAGACUGAAAAUACUGAGAAAGUUUGGCCAAAGUAAAUCAAGUAAAAAAAAAGUAGCUUACAGUUUGACUGCAGAUGCAAUAGCGAAAAGAAGUUUGAGAACUUUGUGUCAUCGUUCAGUUUUGCAUGGCUCACAUAUCCUAUGAGAAGAGUACGAGUAAGGCAACAAAUCAUGUAAUGCAUAGAUAAAACAUGGCCAAUGUGCAACAAGGACAUAGACAGCAGCACCAACACCACCACCACCACCACUAUCAUCACUAUCAACUCCAGCUACUCCAGCUACAGCUACAGCAGCAACUACAACUUUUCCCAAAAACUGAAUAAUCUUCGUGAUUAGGACGUGUUGUACCCAAAACGUUGUAAUGCAGACGAUAUGGGCACAACAUGGCCUCAGCACAGCUUCUAUAUAAUAUCAAUACAACAACAAAAACAACAGCAACUACAGCAACAAGAAAACAAACGACAUUACAUAAAUCUAUUGAAAAUCACUUGCAAACAGACAAACUAUCAAUAUUUGCUGAAACGGAAGCUAAAGGUAAAACAGGAUAUAUUAGCAACACAAACAACGAUAACGACACGAACACGAACACUAACACUAACACCAGCAACAAUAACUGUAACAGCACUAGCAGCGGGAAUAGCGAAACGGGAAGCAGGAAACGGAAACAACAAGAACAACACACGCUCCCGCAUAGCAAAGAUUCAGGCGGUGUUCAUAACAAAAGUGGUGCCAGUUGGUGGUUGUCGUGGUGGUGGUUCACCAGCAAAUUGGAGGUGGCAACAGCAGCAGCAACAGCAUCAUCGGGCAUUCCAUUGUCAUCAUCGCCGUCACCGUCAUCUGCUGCCACGUUCACAGACACAGCCAACGAAAAAGAAACGUUCACUCACUUGCCAACAACAACGGCAACAGCAACAGCAAGCGCAACAACAACAACUGUGUUCAUUUCUACUGAAAACCUUACAAGAAAGCAACUGCAACAAGACCAGCAGCAGCAGCAGCAACAGCCUCAGCAACUAUGCUGGGAUUCUAUGCCGGAAAUCAGAUGUCGUCGAGCAACAUGGACGACCCUGGGGUCAAAUGGUGCUGCAAGCAACAAGGCAACAACUACAACACAACAGUCCUUCCCCUUUGCAGCUGCAACAGCAGAUGAUGUCAAUCUGGGUGUUCAAUGGCAACAAUUUGAUGGUGCUGCUGACAACAACAACAACCAUUGCGAGCAAAACAGUGAAUUUAGUAAAAAAUGCCAAGGUCGUGGACGAAGUUUGCCCCUCUACAACAACAAAACGAAAAACAGGACAAUACAAUUACAACAACAACAACAAGAACUACAAGCAAAUUAUUACUAUUCUACAGAUGAUAAUAAUGAGGUGUUUUUCUAUGCACAUGAUGAUGAUGAUGAUGCUGAAGAUGAUAAUGAUGAUCACAAAGGAAUUGAGGACUUUAAUAGCCACACAACAACAACAACAACAAGAAACACUAACACAAAAAUGCCUCUACACAACAGCCAAAACAACAGAGAUAAAGAAAAUUGCCAAAGCAACUACAAGAGCCACAAUUUCCCCGAAACCUCAGACAAUGCUUUUCUACCACAGCAACAAGCAUCGCAUGGAGUUGUUGUGCCAACUUCAAAAAUUUCCAUUUAUGAUAACAACACAAGCCAACAAAAAUGCUGCCAAAAAUCCAAAAAUGUUGUACAACAAAGUUGCCUCAACAAUAUUUCCACACAUGUCCCUCAUCUGGAGGAUGGCCAUGGCAAAAAUACUGCUACCAGUGUUGCUCAACACUCAACAAAUUCUCUGUCGCAUUCUCUCAAACAACAAGAACAACAACAACGAAAUUUCUCUACUAUUUCCUCGAACCAUAGAAGAAGGACAGCUUUCUGGGCAGACCAAACAACUUCAGCAACACCACCAACAGCUAUUUCAUCCUCCGCCACAAGACAUGCCUUGGCCAAAUUCUUCAUGGAUCUUCAAUGUAUGGCCAAAUGUCUGCUAUCGCUUUUGGUCAUUUUUAAUAUGCUGCCAUUGUUUUAUGCAGUGGAGUCCAAACCGGCUUCUUCUGAUUUAAGGGGCGAACCCCGUGUACAGGCGUUGGCACAAUCACGGCUAGCGGUAGUGGCUUACUUGGAUUCGCUGCCGAGACCCACGUUAAAAACACCAAAAUGCGACCAAACAUUUGUCUCACGCAUCGGCGGCCCCCAAAAUGGCACCUUCUCUGCCCCACUGUUGCACAAUCACAAGAACCAUUCGCGCCAAUGUCUCUACACUUUCCUAGCAGGACCCGGACAACGAGUUGAAGUAGUUUUUAAAUCAUUUAAUCUAAGAGGAAAUCCACCAGACGGUUCAGCCGUCGGUGAAUUACCAUCAUGUGUUCAUGAGUAUAUGGAUAUAUACUCAGAAGUGCAAUCAUCGGAACCAGCAGAACUGAUAAAUUCACCAUUUGGUGGCCGUUAUUGUGGUACAAUACCACCCCGACAACGCAUUUCCAUGUAUCGUGCCAUAGCAAUUUCAUUUUUUACCAAUAAAAAUCUAACAACACCCGAUCUGUUCGAAGGCACAUUUAGAUUUAUAAAUGCAUCGGAAUAUGAAAUUGGUAUACCCAUAGCUGGUUCGCCAUGUUCCUAUACAAUAACGCCCAGUUUGAGCAUAAAUAAGACGGGCGUCCUUAUAUCGCCCACAUACCCGGGUGCCUAUCCCAAGGAUAUGUCCUGUACAUAUCAAUUUUUGGGUGAAUCCAAUCAGAGAGUUAGAUUAGAAUUUCGUGAUUUUGAUCUAUUUUUUGGUGGACCACACUGCCCAUUCGAUUAUGUUAAAGUCUACGAUGGUCCCGAUAAUUCAUCAGCAUUAAUUGGUACAUAUUGCGGACAACAAAGAAAUUUAGUUUUAUAUUCGAGCGAAUCGAGCCUCUUUGUUCAUUUUUUUACAUUAUCGCGUACUGCAAAUACCCAAAAUCGUGGUUUUAAAGGAAUUUAUGAAUUUAGUGAAAGUUUUGUUAAAUUAGAUUUUAUACGAGAAAAUGAUGGCAUUCACAUACGUGGCUCCGAAUGUGAUCAAAAGAUAUUAUCGAAAAAGGAAUCAACAGGGUUUGUUCUCUCGCCAAAUUAUCCUUAUCCCUAUAUACCAAAAACUGUUUGUAGAUAUUUCAUUUAUGGUAUGCAAGAUGCUCAACAUUUAGAACGUGUACGUUUAGAAUUUACAGCAUUUAAUAUACCCAAGGUUGAGCACAAGGAUAAGAGCGAGUCCAACUGUACCGAUGGCUAUCUAAAGGUCUAUCUCAAGGGCCAAGAAACCGCCGAUGCUUAUGACAAAUUCGACUAUGAAUUGUGUGGCAAUGAAACUCAACGUGUUGUUAGUGAUGGCCCUCGCCUGGCCAUGGUCUUCAGUUCGGGUGAACUGCAAGGACGUGGCUUUAAGGGCAAAUAUACAUUUGAAACGGAAUAUAAGAUACCGGGCACCGCAGCACCCGAUGGCACCUGCAGCUUCACCUAUGUGAGUGCCUCAAAAAAACGUGGCGAACUAAACAGUCCCCGCUAUCCAUCCAAUUAUCCAUCGGAUACGAAUUGUUCAUAUCUGUUCUUGGCCGAAUCCAAUGAACAGGUGACAAUUGUAUUCGAUCAUUUCAAAAUUAAAGCGGAUGGCAAUGCGAAUGUAACAGCUGGGGCUUAUGGCUCGGUUAAUUGCUUUGAAGAUUGGUUGGAAAUGUAUGUCGUCUAUCGGGAUAACAAUGAUCGUUUUCUUGGUCGCUAUUGUGGUAUGACAGCGCCCGGCCCCGUCGAGAGCCCAAGGGGUGCGGUGGGUUUGCGUAUUACAUUGCAUACCGAUCAAGAGAAUGUGGCAAGCGGUUUUAAGGCUCGAUAUUUUUUUGAAACUGCCAAAAGCGAGAUAGGCGAUUGUGGAGGUAACUUUUCCAAUGAAGAUUCAGGCAUCAUAACCUCGCCCAAUUAUCCAGCGGGUUAUAAGGCGCCAGGACGUGGUAUGGCCUCAAUGGCAUGUAAUUGGCUGAUGACGGCCAGACCGGGUUACAAGCUCUCAAUACAUUUUGAACAUUUCUCCUUGGAGGGUGAUCCAGCAAAUCGCGGUUGCCCUGCUGCUGUUUUACGUCUUUGGGUAAAUGUGGAAUCUGAUCAACCGCCUUUGGAAUUGUGUGGCGAAAAACCGCCCAUAGAACAAUGGCAUUAUAUUUCUACGGGACAAACGGCUCGUAUUAGUUUUACCACCAGUGAUAAGACUGUUGGUGCACCGGGCUUCCGCAUUGUAUGGACUGAAAUACAAGACUCUGGACCAGGACCACCAUCGAUUGGCUUACUCUGCGAGUCCACCUAUCAUUUUCAAUGUGAAGUGGGCUAUUGCAUCUCCGAUAAGCUACGCUGUGAUGGUGUCAAGAACUGUGGUCCCAACGAUGAUAGUGACGAAUUGCACUGUACCACAAAAGCACAGGCGGAGGAUCACGGCGUUCUAAUUAUAACAACACUUCUCGUCGUCUCGUUCCUAAUUUGUCUCCUAUGCAUACUCUAUCACUCCAGAAGAAAACGUAGACAACAACUCCAUCAACUUGGCCUGCAUCGGAAUGCUCAUUACGAUUCACAAACAAGUGCCACAGGUCUCAACUCUAGUCGUCGCCAUUUGCAAAGUGGUGGUGCCAGCAUAGCUGGCAGUUUGCAUGGCAUCAAUAGCGGCACUCUGAUCAUACCACCCGCCCCAUUGCCACCGCGAGCCAUGCAUCAGCCACCGCAUAUAUGUAUAUCGGGUUCUAGUCUGGACUUGGGGCCUGGCAACUAUCCCGGUAUACUCAUCAAUGGCGAUUCUCUAGAGGACUCAUCGUCCACCUCGAAUGACUCUAUUGGCAGUAUACCUUUUCUGAAUGAUUGCGAAACGGAAAAUCUGGGACAACACAUGAUGCAGGCACAUGGAGAAACGGUUUAACGAUUUUGGACACAACAAUUUAGACAAAGGACAUCUGAAAAUAUAUUUAGUUUAUUUUUAUGUAAAUUUAGAUAAUUUUAAAAAACAAAUCAAAAAAACCCCCCAGAAGUUAAGGCAACGUUU